GAUGAUCAUUUUUGCUCUAAAAUUCCUCUCCUCCGUUCUUUUUCUCUCUCUGCCGGAGGCUUCUGGUCUCUGCACAGCUACCUGCCAUGUGCUCCCAUAGCAAAUGCAGAGCACCUUCCAUUGGCUUUGGCUUCCUCCUUUUGUCACUCCUUUCUUCACUCUUCACCACUUCCAUUGCCUGCUCUAACGGCAAUUGCCAGGUUCUGGAGGCAUGUUCGGCGGCUACAGAUUGCGGGUCAGGUCUCUAUUGUGGCAACUGCCCUGCUCUGGGUCGGACGCAACCUGUCUGCACCAGAGGUCAAGCCACCAUUCCUACCGCUAUAAUUAAUGACUUGCCCUUCAACAAGUACACGUGGAUUGUUACUCACAAUUCAUUCAGCAUUGUUGAUGCACAGCCUUUGCCGGGCGUUCAGAGGCUAACACUUUACAAUCAAGAAGAUACUGUGACUAACCAGUUGAGGAAUGGAGUGAGGGGGCUGAUGUUAGACAUGUACGACUUCCAGAAUGAUAUCUGGCUCUGCCAUUCAUUCAAGGGGCAAUGCUUCAACUUCACUGCCUUUCAACCUGCAAUCAACACAUUAAAAGAGGUGGAGGCAUUCCUGACCGAAAACCCUACGGAGAUUGUCACCAUUAUAAUUGAAGACUAUGUGCACACUCCUAAGGGUUUGACUAAUCUAUUCACUAAUGCUGGACUGGAUAAGUAUUGGUUUCCUGUGUCUAAGAUGCCAAAAAAGGGUCAAGAUUGGCCUACUGUAACAGAAAUGGUUCAAGCAAAUCAUCGUCUUCUUGUUUUUACUUCCGUUGCUUCAAAGGAAGCGGAAGAAGGAAUAGCUUAUCAGUGGAAGUAUAUGGUUGAAAAUGAGUCUGGAGAUCCUGGAGUUCAACCAGGGUCUUGCCUGCAUAGAAAAGAAUCAAAGCCCCUGAAUUCUAGGAGUGUGUCGCUUUUCUUGCAGAAUUACUUUCCAACAUAUCCAGUUGAAGCUGAUGCGUGCAAGGAACAUUCAGCUCCACUUGCAGAGAUGGUGAAUACAUGUUACAAAGCUGCGGGGAAUGUGCUUCCCAAUUUUGUAGCAGUUAAUUUUUACAUGAGGAGUGAUGGAGGUGGUGUUUUUGAUGUUGCGGAUAAAAUGAAUGGCCACUCACUGUGUGGGUGCAGUACGGUCACCGCUUGCCAGGCUGGAGUGCCUUCUGGUUCUUGCAAGAACACUGCUGUACCUAGUACAAAUCCUGUGGGCAAUGCUGCUGGAACCUCUGGGAGCUUUACUGGAUCUGUUCAAUUCUCUAAUUCAGCUUCUGCUGUCUAUUCUCCAACUUGGAUGCUUCUGCUCUUCUUGUAUUUUCCAUUUAUUUUUGCAGUUUCGUUACAGCUAUCAUGACCAUUCUUGUAUGACAUAUGAGAGCCAGUCCUUAGGAGGGGCUUCUAAUACGUAGUGUAUAAGCUGUAGUCUUGCUUCAUCUAUGAAAUGUUAUAGAACUGUUAGAAAAAUGAGAUAAACAAGUUUUGAGAUUGAUGAGCCUGUAUUCAAGGGUCUGUUCAGUCAUCUGGGGUAGAAACUAAUCAAGAGAGAUCAAGCAUGUGCAAGGAGCUAGAAUCUGUUCAGGUAUGUUUGUUUGCAGUAUAGCCUGAUUUCUUAAUGCAACUCUGGAUGAAGAUACAUCAACGUCUCUCUCUUGGUGCGUGGGCAUAUCAUUUAUGUUUUCUUAUUUUCACUAAUGUGAUUUGUAAAAGGAGUUUCCACAUACUGAUUCUUGUCAGAUGUCUGCCUAUGGUUUAAGUAUAAAAUUAAUGACCAAAUUUCCACUCGUGUUCCAAUUUUGUGGGUAUGUUAGUUAAGUCGAUGAAAAUUUGAUUAGCUGAAGAACAAAGCCUAAUGUCUAUCAUCAAUCUUUACAGUCAAUUGGAAUUAAGGAAUUAUUUUUCUCCAGGAAAGCUGGUGAUUCAACCUGCAAUAAUUGGAGGCUUUGGCACUUUGUAAGCGCUAGCUUAGUUUUCUAGCUUCAAACACACAUACUGAGUUUAACUUUACGAGUAAAGACAAGCUAGAAGGCUGACUGACUGAGUUUACUGUUCAAAUUAGGGCCGCUAAAUAUACAAAAAUAAGUACAUUUCCCAACUUAAAGUUGAACAAAGGUUUUGCACCAAAGUACCAAGGGAUUGUUAUUCCACGGCAUAAUAGGAAAUUUGCGACAUAGGAUCCGUAUAAUAUGGAAGGCCCCUAAUCAUUAAGGUUUGUCAUGUUUGUAUCCUAACAACUUAUAUAAACUGUAUUUCCUUCCGCUAGCUGGUCUUUAUUACUGUAUUAAUGUUGAAGAGAAAAUGUUGGCUCGUACAUUUGGGCAAAGUUACUUCUAA